AUGUCUUUUGUCAAAAAUCUGCAACAAGUCCAAGAGCGCACCGUUCACAUAACAACCAACCGAGCAACCCGCAGCCUUGCUGAAUCACGCCUCAUCCUCGCCGCGCUCCAGAAAUUCGGCGAAGUCGUGCACUUCCGCAACGCGACGCUUUUCCGCACAAACAACAAACACCUACAAGACUUAAUGACAAAGGGAGAAAACCUGUCAACACAGACAGCGAGGAAAUGCGACGGCGCAGACUUCGGAAUUUACGCAAUGUUCGACACCCCGCUAGCGGCGCGAAACGCACUCGAUUCCUCCCCUCUCCAUGUUGACCUUUCACCAUUAUCACCACAAGCCAGAAAUGACGCGACAAACCCCGAUGCUGCAAGCGUCGACGCUACGGCUGAAGUAAAUACCGAUACCGGAGCGCAUAGCAAUAUCGAAUGCACGAUAAAGCAAGACCCAGUUGAUCACCUAGAGACUAUGUCUCGAAACCCCUACUACGGCCCGUUCGUGCAGGAAACCGAUCAUCCUGUUUAUAAAGAUUUGAUUAAGCAGCUGGAUGAGAAACUGUAUGGUUUGGCCGAUACUCCGAGUGCGAGUAAGAAGCCUGGAAACCCGAAGAAGACGAAGUCGACGCAGGAGUCGAUACGCCGACUAAGAGCUGCGUCCUUGAUGAGAUUAUGGUGGUUGGGUCAAGGUCCUAGAGCGGAAAGAAACUCGACAGAGGAACAGGCCACAGAAGCGUCUAAGAGGCAGGGGGAGUUGGAAAGGACUCUAGGGGAUCUGCCGUUGGAGAAGAUGAUAGAAGAGAAGGUGAGGGAGUUGCAGGCGGAAAGAGAAGAGAAGGAAAAGCAAAAUAAUGGAUGA